UGCGACGUCGUAGUGUAGUAUCGAGUCGUGACGCGUUCAUGUGUUAUUGUCAGUGCGCGUACAUAAAUAACACAAGCGGUUCAGCGUGCAAGCGCGCUCGUCUACCGUCUACCGUCUGCAUACAGUCAGUCGAUUCUUUACGACGUUCAUUUUUCUUUUUUGAUUAGCGUCGCGCGCCCGUCGCCUGUCUUUUGAGUGGUUAUUUAUAAUUAAACGAUCAUAUUAUUCUAAAUGAACGACUGCUGCGGGAACGGCUUAUCAACCGGGGAAACGUUCAAGAAUAUCUUGAACAAAAUCAUAGACAUCGCGUCUGCUGGUUACAGUGAUUCUAUUAUCGCCGGUCGCGAGAGGAGCCGCAUAUACGGCCCGAUACCGGUGUUUGUGAUUUUUGUCAGUGCUGUUCUUUUAAUAUUCAGUCUGUGGGCUUGUCGCGAUCGCAGAUUUACCUGAGGGCCAAACCCUCCAAGAUUUUUUGGCUCGUAGUUGAAUGUGGCAAAAUUCACAUAUCGAAACGUCAUUAUGACUGGAUGACGACUCUAAAAUUAUACUUUAUUAGAAAAAAAAUGGCCGGGCCAAAAACGGUCGCACGUGGUUCUAUACUGAUUAGAACAAGAAUUUAGACUGCAACUCACCAUGAGUGCCGCCUGGACUAAGCUGGUAGACUAUUAGCAGUAAGACUCUGGCAGUUCCAGAGUAUCAGGACGGCAUCAAACCUCACCAUAGUCGUCGUGUUUCUGAAACCAAUCAAUACUCGACGAUUCCCGGUAGACGUAAAUUGAUUGCACCAUAGCAGAUGUGGGAGGUUAGAUGGUGAGUCCUAGCUGUGGCUGUCAGAUUUAGCAUUCGAUUAAUUAACAAAAUAGUAGAUAUAAACUACUCACGACAGAUCGGAUAUAAAAAGGUUUUUCGGGUUUCUUCAAUGUUUACACCAAAGACCAGACGUUGAGCUUUUUAGACGAGCCGAUCCAGCUAACCUUGAUUCGAUAUCUGCAGUCGGUGAGAUGAGCCCCGAGCAUAACGGGGCGCGUCUGAACGGCGGCACCGUUGUGAGCGGCGUAGGCGCAACAGAUCGAGGCGGCUGGCAACCAGUGCCCCAACAUGAUGCUGAUCAACCCCCAUCUGGUGUUACAAUCGUACCGCCAUGUAACAACAACGGCACACUUCUUGCCAAUGGCAAAUCAUCCUGCAAUGGACAUAGGGAUGAUGAAAAUUCCGCACUGACCGGCGGAGUAAAUGCCACCCCCGCUUCUCAUCUUUGCGACGACGAUGAGAUACAAUGCGGAGUCGGAUCAUGCAAACCGCGCUGGGCCAGGCCUCUCGCUUCCACGCGAGUUUUCAUGGUGGUGUUUUUACUCGCCUGGAUUUUACAAGGCAUGUACUAUACAUACUUUGUGAGUGUCAUCACAACGAUAGAAAAAUUGUUUCAAAUCAAAUCGAAAACUACGGGUAUGUUGAUGAGUGCCACCGAGGUGGGACAGAUCAGUACGGCGCUGCUCCUGACUUAUUACGCAGGGCGUGGACAUCGGCCGCGUUGGAUCGCAUGUGGUAUGGUUUUGUUUGCGAUAUCAUCAUUUGGCUGCACGUUGCCACAUUUUAUUUACGGGGACAGGCUGCUGCAGGCAACCGUCGAUACGAUACCACUACCAGGAUCGGAGGAUCGCACUGUGUGUCGAGCACUCAAUGCUUCUUCUAGCACAUCGUCAUUAUUACAGCAGCCUAGUUGUGAUGCAAGUGAAGUGUUGGUUGAACAAGCUGCACAUUCGCAGAUCACGAACAGUGUACUUACCAUGUGGUUUAUAAGUUUAUUAGGCGUUGGUGUUGGUCAAACUGCUGUAUCGACUUUAGGCAUUCCUUACAUAGAUGACAAUGUCGCAAGCAGAGAAUCUCCUUUGUAUAUAUCAAUAACUAUCGGAGUGCGAAUUUUGGGGCCUGCAUCUGGAUUCAUACUUGGUUCUUUGUGUACGCGUCUCUAUGCAGAUCUCAGCGUAGAUCCACACAUGGAUCCUUCGGAUCCACGCUGGGUCGGUGCUUGGUGGCUCGGUCUGCUGCUAGUGUCAACAUUGAUGGGCCUGACAUCGCUGGCGAUGUUCUGCUUCCCGAAGACGUUGAAGGGCAACCGAGUUCCGCCGCCGCUCAACAUGCGUGCCAUCGAGGCACAGAAGAAAUUGCAGAAGCAGGACAAUGAGUACAAACGGCCACAACUAAAAGAUUUUCCUAUGACGUUGAAGCGUUUGUUGAGCAACGACAUUCUGAUGUUCAGGACGGCGAGUUCAGUUCUGCAUCUUCUGCCAGUUGCGGGUUUAUACACGUUCCUGCCGAAAUAUCUUGAGUCCCAAUUUCGUCUCGCCGCUCCAGACGCUAAUAUGAUUUUGGCAACCGGUGGUAUCCUGGUAAUGGGUGUUGGCAUUGUGAUAAGUGGCAUCGUGAUACUGAAGUUCAAUCCCACUGCUCGGUCAGUCGCCGCGUGGAUCGCCUUCACGGCCAUUGUUUAUUCAAUAGGAAUGGGGAUCCUUAUGUUUGUCGGUUGUCCCAUGGAUGACUUUGCUGGUCUGGCUCCGAUGAAUGAACCACCACUGCCAAAAUUCAACGCUGCCUGCAACACAACAUGCGAGUGUGAUCGUGGCAAAUUCAGUCCAGUUUGCGGUUCGGACGGCCGAACCUAUUUUUCAGCGUGCCACGCAGGUUGCCAACGCGUCAACGUGACCGGCGGCCGAUCGCAGUACUCGCACUGCGAAUGCGUGCUCACCGACUCCCAUCUGCUGCACAAUUCGACCGUUGGCUACGGACCACCAGCAUAUGCCAACACCACGAACGCGUUCGAAGAGACAACUGCCACUUCUGGUUAUUGCAACAAUUGUGAAAAUUUUGUGCUAUUCAUAACGCUAUUCGUUUUCUUUGUUUUUAUUCAUUCGACGUCUGAAGUCGGAAGUAUGCUGCUCAUAAUGAGAUGCACCGAUCCCAAAGAUAAAGCUAUGGCAAUGGGCGUAAUCCAGUUUGCGAUCGGUUUGUUCGGAAAUGUUCCUUGUCCAAUAAUUUACGGCGCAGUAGUCGAUUCCGCUUGCCUCGUGUGGGAAACAGUUUGUGGGACGCAAGGGGCUUGCUGGCUCUAUGAUGUCAAUGUGUUCCGACACUUCUUCUUAGGGACGACUGGAAUGAUAAUGCUGUUAGCUUUUAUAAUGGACCUAGUGGUAUGGCAUAAAGCAGAUAGAAUAAAUAUAGAUCCUGAGAAUUCACGAACAACUGAGAAAAGUUUAGUGGCAGAUCCAAUUUUGGAUUUGCCUCCAAAAACGAAGCCUGAAUCAGAGGUGUGAUCUUAAGUACAUAGUGCUACUUGUAUACUUAAUGGUGCAUAUAUUGAACAAGUUACCAGUUACCAAAUGAGCACCAUAUUUCGGGUUUUAGACAAUUAUAAUUAAGAAAAUGUAUGGACAACCAGUGAAUGAUUGAUAUUUAACUGCAGAUUUUGAUAAUCAGAAUUUUAAUGUAGGUUUUAAUGAAUAAUCAUUGUUUUAAUAAUAAUUUAAUUUUAUGAGAAUUUUACAUAUUUAAGCUUUUUUAUAUACAUAAUAA